UGAAUAUUUCUAUGUUUCAUAUCUCCACAUUUUAUUUUUAUAUCUUAAAUCUUAAUCCGUGAUCUAUAAUUUAUAACUUUUUGAUUCUGAUUUCCGGUCGUUCCAUGUUUAAUGUUUAAAUCUCGGGAUGUAAAUGUAAAUACGUACAGCAAUAAUUUUUAUUUUGUUUUGUACAGCAUUAUUAUUGUAAAAUUAAACUUUUUUGAUUAAUGGUAGACAUUUAAGAUGAAUAAUCUGUCGGUUAGUGAAAAAGCGUUUAAACUUUUGAAUGGUGUUGUGUGUUUGUAUAAACCAGCUGGAGUACAUUUAAGUGGUUGUCGCCAUACAUUGCUUUUAAAAUUAACGCAAGAUUUGAAUUUAUGCGGUGUUAGAUCUCCAGAAAAUCGUGUAGUCAUUUCCGGGGACACAACAAAAGAACUGAAUGUWAAAGUAGAGUCCAAUUWUGCAGACAAUGUACUUGUAGUUGGUCCCAGGUAUCAAACCCAAGACAUUAAGUGUAUUUGGACUACUCAUUUAGGAAAGCGUGUGUCAGGCGUUUGUGUCUUUGGACUAAAUAAGGGUACCAAAAUGGCAAGAAAUCUUCAAAACAAUUAUCCAUUGCGAACAUAUCAUUUACAUGGACGAUUGGGAAUGAUGACCAAAAACAUGCACAUUGAUGGCCAAGUUGUUGAAAAGGGACGUUUUGAUUUUGUGAGACGUGAAAAUGUUGAUAAACUUAUGUCUACAAUACAGGCAUCAAAUCAAAAAAAGAUGUUUGAGCUUGCCAAUGUAGACACUCAAACUCAAACAGCAUAUGAUUUGGCUACAAAAGGGUUGAUUCGACCAGCAUCYACUAAAAUUCCUUUAAUUUAUGGAAUUAAGUGCAUAAGUCUAGAUUUACCAAAUUUUAUUAUUGAAGUUAAUGUUAUUAAUGAAUAUGAGAGUUAUUUAUUAUCAUUAGUCCAUGAAAUAGGACUUAAGUUGAGAUGUUCAGCAACAUGUACUGCCAUACGUUGUAUAAGAUAUUCGUCAUUUACCAUUCAACAAGCACUUUUAAUGAAACAUUGGAAUCUUCAAUUUGUAUUAGAAAAUAUGAGGGAAUGUAAUUCUUCUUAUAAACAAAUGAGUAAACUACCUUCAUUUAUUACUGAACAAUCUUAUUUUGAAUCUAAUCAAAAAAUGACUGAUGUACAAUAAUUUUAGUAAGUUAUAUA